GUAAACAUUAUACAUACGCACGAGAUACAUACACUCCCUUCACUCACAGCCCACAGGGCACAUGGAACACAUAAACACCUCUGGAUAGACGUAUCUUAACGUUUCGUUCAAUCGAUACACACCAAUUAGGAAGGGAUUACACCAGAUCAAAUUAUACGAUGACACGUGAUCGGCCCGACAACAGCAUUUUUCACAAGAGGAGCCGAUGCACAACGUCCACGCCUGUCUACGUCACAAUACACUUUUUUUGCUGUUCAAAGGUGUCUCUAUCAUUGUGCGUAUAGCUGUGUUGGCAUAUAUGUAUAUUGAGAUAUCUCGGCAUUCGUGAUAUCGAGUGUCGAAAACCACCCUCAGAGAACGAUAAAUAGUUUACACGCGCUACAAACAUUACAGAACACGCUGCGAAAUAGUUUGAUGGCCUUGACGUGUGGCGCUGUUAAUUAUAAUGGAGCGUCGAUCAGGGAAGUGGCCGACGACGUGAUGGUUCACGGAGAAGGGCCAUUUUGGGAUUCUGAGAACAACGUCUUGUAUUUCGUCGAUAUUUCUCAGCAACGAGUUUACAGAUUUUUUGAAAACCGAUUGGAACAUGUGCAAUUAGACGCUGAUGUGGGUUUUGUGAUCCCUGUCCGCGGACAACAAGGUCUGUUUGUCAUCGGGCUGGGUACAACGUUGGCUAGUCUCCGGUGGAAUCUCAACGAGAACACUAAUAAAGUCGUUAAACUGACCACCGUCGACAAUAAUAAACCGGGCAACCGAUGGAAUGACGCAAAAGCAGACCCCAACGGGUACUUGUGGGCUGGCACCAUGGGAUUCGAGGACGCCGCUGGCAAUAUCCCACCGGGACGUGGAACUUUGUACAAGCUAAACGACACAAGUUGUUUUAAAAGUCUUGAACCCGUCUUACCGGGUGUUUCCGUUUCCAACGGGCUUGCGUGGAACGACGGAAGUACAAAGAUGUAUUAUAUAGAUUCACCGACCAAGCAAAUAGCGGUUUUCAACUACAAUCCUGUUACGGCAUCUAUUUGUAAUGCCAACCGCAAAACAUUCUACGAUUUCAAGACGGACAACAUUCCGGGUGUCCCGGACGGCAUGACGAUCGACGCCAACGGUGAUCUCUGGAUCGCUAAUUACAAUGGCGCUCAGGUGCUGCACGUGAGUGGAACCAGUGGAAAAUUGUUGGGCAAGUUAAAGAUUCCCGCCGAAAAGGUUUCAUCUGUCACUUUUGGCGGACCACAGUUGGACAAACUAUACGUAACGACAAUAAGUCGUGGAGUGACACCAGAAAAAUUCAAUGAGUAUCCGAUGACGGGAAAGGUGUUGGAGGUAUCUGGUCUCGGAGUCAGAGGCACAAAGAAUAAUCGAAUACGUGAAAAAUGUUUUCGACAGCUGUAAAUGUUUAGAAUUGUAAGCCAAAAAGUAAUUUGCAUUUUACUUAUACUCAAUGUGUCACAUAUCACGACCUUCUUGUACAAAAUACAAUUCGUAACGUAGGUUAUCUAAUAAAUGCUUAGUUGUAAUUUGAU